AUACACUCCGUAAUCCUCAAACUAACUUUUAGGGCAUGGGAGACAGAUUCGAACAUGGUUGGGCAUAUUUGUCAACAGAGGGUGUAUGUUUAACAAUUCGACCCCUUAUAAUUAAGUCCCGCCCCCUUAUUUCCCUUCGCUAUCGCUUUCGCUUUCGCUUUCGUGUCUUCAUCUUCCUCCUCUCUCUUUCUUGGUUGCCCCUCCGGGUGGAAAGAAGGAAAGAGACCUGUAGUUGUUAUUAAUAAAGAAAAAACGAAAAAAAGAAAACCGUUACCCAGUCCAGGGGAAGAGCUGAGGUGAAGAAGAUGUCGUCGGCGGCGGAGCGAUUCGCCGUCGUCGGAAGAGGAAAGGCGCAGCUGCAGCAACAGCAUCCGAUGUACCACGUGCCCCAACACAGCCGGAGGGAGAAGCUCCGUUUCCCGUCGGAGGACUCUCCUCCACCCAUUUCGCUACCCUCACUCCACGAUCCCAGCACCGCUUGGCCGCUCUACCCCGCCGAUACCGUCACUUCCUUCCUUCUGGCCUCUUCCUCCUCUUCCUCGUCGUCUUCCUCUACCUGUUACUCUCAAAACCCUAACUACAGCAUCGCUUCCAGUUCCCAUUUCUCUGGCCACCACAACACUCUCUCGCUCCCAGCGCACCACCACCGCCAGAUCUCCAACCAGGGCUUCUCUCUGUCCCUCUCUUCUUCUGCCUCCAGUCCUCCACCUCCUGCACGCCACCAGUUCGGUGUAGGUCCGCUCGGGCCCUUCACGGGCUACGCCACGGUUUUAAACCGCUCCAGCUUCCUGGAGCCUGCUCGACAACUUCUCGAGGAAAUUUGCGAUUUCGGCCGUAGGGCAGUAACAGCAGCAGGAGGAAGCGGUGCUGGUGACAUGCUUCUAGAUGCCGAUCCACGGGAGCCAUCGCCGAUGGAUCAUCGGAUGCAGGUGAACGAGGACGGCCGGAUCUCGGCUAGGGAGCAGCAGUGGAAGAAGUCCAGGCUUAUCUCCAUGCUUGAUGAGGUCUAUAGAAGGUAUAAGCAAUACUAUCAGCAGGUGCAAGCUGUCACCACGUCUUUUGAAUCUGUAGCUGGCUUAAGUACCACUGCCCCUUAUGCCUCCAUGGCCCUCAAUGCAAUGUCAAGCCACUUCAGACGUCUCAGAGUUAUGAUUUCUAAUCAGCUUCAUCACACAAACAAGAUUAUUGGAAAAGAAGGUCUCAGUAGGGAAGGAGCUCCAAGCUUCGGGCUCAUUAACAAUGGUGCUUGUCUUCAACGAACAGUAAACAACUCAGGUACCUUUGGCCAGCUGCAUAUUUGGCGACCUCAGAGAGGACUUCCUGAAUAUGCGGUGUCUGUCCUACGUGCUUGGCUAUUUGAACAUUUCUUGCACCCAUAUCCUACCGAUGCUGACAAGCAGAUGUUGUCUAAACAAACGGGUCUCACAAGAAAUCAGGUUUCAAACUGGUUUAUUAAUGCUAGGGUAAGACUCUGGAAACCAAUGGUUGAAGAGAUACACUCUCUUGAGAUGCAACAAUUGCAUAAAGUUUCAGCUGGUGAUAAAAGCCACGUCACCAAUGAGCAAUCUCAGCUACCAUCACCUUCUACUGCUGCUUCCUGUAACUCUCGACCAGCUCAAAGUGCCAACAGCCCAAAGAAUGAACACCCAACAACCAAAUGCAUUCAAGAUGAUCUCACUCAGAUACCCAAUCAUACCCAAGAGCCAUGUAACUUUGUAUAUGAUGUUGUACCUGGUCAUCAGCAUAUUGGAUUUGGUUUGGAUGUUGCUGCUGGAGGAACUUCAGGUGUUUCACUUACUCUUGGUCUCCACCAAGCCAGCGGGGUUUGCCUGGCAGAGCCUCUUCCGUUGAAUGUCAUUAAUUGUUUUGGUCUUGAAGAGUGCAAUGAUGUUUAUGUAAUGGGUGCAUUUGAUGGGCAAGAGUGGCAGUUUGGAAAGAACCUAGGUGGACAGUUCUUUCAUGAUUUUGUUGGAUGAAAGUGCUUGUGUGAAAUCAGCUCAGCCAGUAGAAUGGAGCAGAAAACCCUUUUUUUUCGAAAAUACCAACAUAGGCUACCAAAAUACUCAUCGGGGAUAGAAGUAACUCUAAUUCUUCAGGCAUGGUUGCAGAAGAUUAUAGCCAUCAUGAAUCAUAAGGAUAUGGCAGGAAUGUAGGUCGAUCUCCACUUCAGAAAAUUGAUGGCUGGCUGUUUAGGAGGUGAUUCUGGGUCCUUAACGGGUCGGUGUCCCGGGGAUUCAAGGCAGCUUUUUCGUUUUUGGCAGUCUCUGUCCAAUCUAUACCAGUCUUGGAUGGAUUCCAGGAGGAUGGCUAUAGUUUGCACUCAAUCCUGUAUCAAAUGGAUCAUUGGGCAUCGAAGUACUUAAAACUUUUGUGAAGUCAAAAGCGUUGGGUUGAGCAUUUUUGACCUCUGUUUGGUGUCGUUUAAUUCGAUUUAUUGGGGGCAUGGCGCUCUAUGUGCGAUUGGAUUGGAUGGUGGUAUUUUAAGCGGUGCAGGAGAGGCUUGAUAUCCGGGACUGGUGAAGCAGGGUUACCAUAUUGGGACAGAGAUUCAGUGGCCAACAUUUUUACGUCUUGGCAAUGUCAUGUACCGUGUGUGCAGAAUAAUUGCCUUCCUGAAGAUGACAUGAACUGUAAGAUAUAUCAUAGGCUUGGCAUUUGAUGUAUAACUCCUCUGGUUUUAGUCUUUUUGAUGGGUCUUGGUGUCUCUGUUAAACAGUAAUCAUGUUAUCUUAGUAUUAGAUGGGAA